AUGAUGAAUAAAAAAACAAAAAUAAAGAAAAAUUUGAGAUUAUGCUUUUUAUAUUUAAAAAGUGAUAUUUAUUAUUUCAGAAGCUUAGUUUUAGCAUUUUAUAUAGCUUUAGGAGUCAUAGGCUACAAAAAUUAUACUAUUUCAAUUUAUGAAAAUUUAAUUUCCUAUUCCUUUAUUUUUAAGAGUUACAAAGAUUUUGCUAGCUAUAUUAUUAGAGCAUUUUAA